AUGCAAGCCGUCCGUCUUCAUCCCGCCCCCAACGGCUCAAAGCCCUACUCCCCCACCAACCCAGCUCCACCAUCUGCGUUGAGGCUCGACAAGAUCCCAAUCCCCAAACCGUCGCGCCCGGGAGAAAUCCUCAUCAGAGUGAAAGCCACAACCGCCGUCCGCGAUGCAUUGACAUGGCCCGAAACGUACGCGACCGACUAUGCGAUCCCAGGCAACGACUUCUCCGGCAUCGUCGAAGACGUCUUCGUCGACCCGAACGGCACCACCGCCGCCGCCACCAGCCAAUUCAAACGCGGCGAUCAGGUCUUUGGAAUGGCACAUGCCGAUCGGGGCUCCGCGUGGGCCGAAUACACGAUUGUGCAUGAGCACGAGACCGCCCUCAAGCCCGACACCCUGCCGUGGGAGCAGGCUGCUUGUCUGCCGCUCAGCGGGCUGACGGCGUUCCAGGCUCUGUUUGAGCAUGCGGGACUCCCCUUCCCGGCGGAUGCCGUCGGGGGAGGAUCAGAAGCGAGGAUUGGGAAGCGGGUCCUGAUUACCGGGAGUUCGGGCGGGGUGGGGAUCUAUCUGGUGCAGCUGGCUGCGAUGGCAGGCCUGCAUGUGGUGGCUGCGUCUAGCUCUGCCGAGCGCAACGGGGGGUUUCUGAAGGGGCUGGGGGCUGAUGAGGUGGUCGAGUACGCGGCCUUGGGGGAGAAUGUGGACGGGUCGUUUGAUCUGAUUGUCGAUACUGUUGGGGGGAAGAUUCUCCGCCGAUGCUGGGCUUGGGUCGCCGGGCAUGGGACGUUGAUAUCAGUGGAUUCGGCGAGUUUUGAUUUUGUGAAUGAGCAUAGCAAGUGUGGGCUGAACAAGGGGAAGGAGGAUGUGAGAGCUCUGUUUUUCAUUGUUCAAAGUGAUGCUGAAGCGCUGAGGAAGCUGGCGACCUUGGCGGAUUCGGGCCGGCUGAAGCUGUUUGUGCUGCAGACGUAUGAUCUCUCGCAGGCUCAGGCAGCGUAUGAACAGGCGAGUUCAAAGGCUUCGGGCUACGGGAAGGUUGUUAUUCAGAUAGGAGACUAG